AAAAUUGUUUGUUCAACUUCAAGAUGGAGUAGGUGUGGUUAUGAUGUGAUGAGUUGGCCCUGUCAGAAAAUGAAUUUGUUUGGAAAAUUGUUUAUAUAUUUUUUUAUUUUAUCUUUACUUUUCAAUAGUAAGGUUAUUUGUAGAAUUUCAAAUGAACGAAGAUGUGCGGAUGCUCAGUGCAGUAAACCAAUUUCUUUUGCACGCACACUCAUUCGUUACUCUGCAGAUGACUCUAGACUGUUGUCUUUUACUGCAAAUCAAAAAGCUAAAAUUUUCAGCAAAGAGGCUGGAGAUAAUCUCAGUUUUUGGGAAGCAGAGGAAGAUAUUACUAAGGACUGUGUGAGUGAAAAUUUCCUUGGAAGCCUAGAAAAGUUUCUUGAAGUUUGCAAUUCAGGGAUCAAUGGGAAAAGAGGAUAUGUUCCAAAAGAAUUUUUGAAAGAAGAAAAAGUUCUAGUAAGAUCAAGUGAUUUAAAAUAUAAAUUGCCUACAGAGGAUAUUAAAAAAACAGUACAUAAUACCAGUGGUAAAACUACUGAAAAUAUUGGGCCUGAUACAUCCAAAACUCCAGAACUACAAAUAGUCAACUCAAAAGGUUUAUUCAGCACGAUUGGUGGAGUGUCUGCCGAUUCGGUUCCCCCGAGUUCACCAGACAUCAAACCACAAUCCACAAAGAAGUAUCAAGUUUUUGGCGGAACAACAAUUUAUGACGAUGCUGUCAGUGAUAAUUCUGAGACGCCUUCUGAACAAGUACAUAAAAUAGAAAAAACUCCUGAUUUGCCCUCUUCACAGGAAAAUUCUGACCAACCUCCUAAAGAGGUAUAUACAAAAGAAACUCCUGUUACAUCCUCUUCACAAGAUAAUUCUGAGCCAUCUUCUGAACAUUCACACAAGGCAGAAGAUGCUGCUGAUGCAACCUCUUCACAAGACAUUUCUCAGUUAUCUCCUGAACAAGUAAGCAAAAUUGAAACUCCUGUUGCACUCUCGCCACAGGAAGUCAAAAAUGAAGAAAAUAAACCUCCUACUGAAAGUACCAAAACUCAAUCUGAUAAAGUGGAAGAAUUGUCUGAUAAUGUAGAAAGAAUCCAAUCUGAAACUGGCAAUGCUGAGUCUGGGGUCCUUAGUUCUAAGUCUAGUAUAUUUAAUACAGUUGUAGAUACUAUAUCAGAUUUUAUGUCAUCUGGAAUUGGACCAAGUGAGAAGGAAAAUGAGAAAGGUUAUGAAGAUGAAGAUGAAGAGGAAGAAAGCUCAGGAGAAUAUGAAGAAAAUCCAGAAGACGGUGAAGAAGCCAGUAAAGAGGACACUUCUACAAAUGCUGCAGUGAAUCAAUCUGAUGAAAUUAAAUCUUCAAUUUUACAACAGGAUGUGUCACAAAAACAUAUAAAUAUAAAUUCUCUCAGUGAUUCAGGGAAUGUUUCACAAGCUCCAAAUAUUGUUCAUAUACUGAACAAAGAUAAUCUUUCGAAUGUUAACGUUCUAGAUUCAAAUCCACCCAAUCAUAUGGCUACCAAUGAAGAUAAAAUUAAACUUUCAAGUGAAGAAUCGAGAGUUGAAAAUGAACAAUCUCCAGAUGUUGUUACUGAGAGUUCAGCUGAAACUGUAUCAAAUGAUUCGUCCAGUGUUAUUUUAGAUCCUGCAAUUAAUGAAAGCCAUUCAUUUCCAAAUUCAGAGGAAAAAGUACUUGGCAGUGAUACGGAACAAGAAGACUCAACAUUAUUAACAAUGAAUGAUACUAUAAAUGAUGUACAAAAAGAAAAUGUAAAACCAUUACAAACUCAUGAUUUAUAUGAAACAGCAUCCAAAAUUAACAGCAAAGAAGAAAUAACAUCUGAUUACAACAAAGCCAAUAUUAUGCGUUCUGGAUUUAAUAAAAAAUUACAUAACGAAUCUAAAGAAGAAAUGUCUACUGAAGCUCCAACUGAAAUUGUAAACCAAGACGAUACUGUCAAAUCUGCAGAAGACCCUUCAACUGUACAGUCAUCUGAGUCUAAACAGCCAACUAAUUUAGACUCUAGGGGAUUUCUAUUUGGUCAAAUAAAUAUGCAAAAUGACAAUGCUAAUAAAGCAGUAGAAGAAAGUAAUGAAGUUUUAGAGCAACCUGAACAUACAAUUGUUGAUAUAAACACAAAACCUGAAUAUACAGCUGCACCAAACAUUCCUGCUGUUCUUGAUACUUCAGCUCCGUUUCAAGAGAGCCUUACAGAAAAGCCGAAUUUUGAUUCUGCAGUAGAAAGUCAAUCAACUACUGAAGCUGUUCAAAAAGACUAUGAUGAUACUUCAAAGGAUGAAAUCAGAGAUUCUGUUACAUCUGAAACAUCAAUUCUCUCUGAACAGAUUGAGACUGUUACAGAUGUUCAAGACAGUUUAGUUGAAGAACCUGUAGAAACUUCCUCCCAGGAAAUUUCUCAAUCAGCAGAUUCUUCUGAUGAUAUAAAAGUAGCAGAAGAUACUUCACGUGACAUGGUUGAUGAAGAUUCCAAAAGUAUGGAGGAAACUUCUCAAAUUGCUUCUGAAGACGAAAAAGUUGCUGAUAAUAUUUUAUCAGAUACAGUAGCUGAUAACUUGUCUGCAGGGAUAUUUUCUUUUCUUAAUCCAGUUUUUGAUUUUUUUAGAACCAAUACAAUAUCUGAAGAUAAGACACAUGAAAUUUCUAGCAAUACCGAGAGUUCAAUAAAGUCCCAGAGUUUGGAUCCAUCUCGUACUUCAUUCAUCAAAGAUGAAAGCUGCUUGGCUGAAGGGGUGGGAGAAGAGGCUUGUGAUGUCAUCACAGGAGUUCCGACUUCCAAAGACGUUUCCUGGCAGGAAUCAUUGUACUCAACAGAUAUGUCAGAGACGUUGGACCUUCUAAACAAGAUUCCUAUAGAAACAACAGUUUGGCUCAUUGUUACUGCUGUAGUCGUCCUCAUUUUCUCUCUAGGCCACUACUAUAUCGAGGCUCACAGGCGAGAUGGACCUCUGGUGGCCUCCAUCAACAAGCUGGAACGUGAACUGCUCAUUCUCAAAAAGGAGGCUUCUAUCAUGGAAGACCGAAUACAAACCUAUCAAGAACAGCUGGAAGCGUGGAACACUAACUCUACAGAAAGUGAUGCCUUGAUUGUUGAGCUGAAGCAAGAACUUGAAGAAAUCAAGGGAGCCAAGCUGGAGCUGGAGGAUCAGGUGGCAGUGUUGGAGAGGGAGGUGGAAACGGUGACAGAGAGUGGACUGGAGAUGCAUCGUCUGCUGGAAGAAAGCCUGUCGUCACAGGAUGGCUCACAGGUCUUGCUCUCCACAGUACAGACACUGCGUGAGAAACUGGAGCACCAAGAGAAUGAGAUCACAGGCCUCAGUCAGAGUCUGUCUCGAAAGAAUGUUGAGGUAGAAGAGCUACAAAAUAAGCUGGAGCAGUCUGCUGAGUCAGUCAGGGGACUUGAGGAUCGUAUUGUAGCUGUCACGAGGGCCAAGGAGGAGGAGGCAUUACAGCUCAAGGACAGCCAGAGAGAAAUCAUGGCUCAGCUGGAAGAGAAUGUGGAUGGCACUAAGGUGAUGGAGACAAAAGCUCUGGAUGAGACCAGAGUGUCUGCGGAGAUGAGCAAACUGCGGCUUGCCAUUGAAGAGCUCCAGAAAACUCUGGCAGAAAAAGAAUCAGAGUUGGAGGUUGUCAAGGAGGUGGUGAAAGAACUGCGCUCGACUGACAGCAAUGACAAGAUGGAUGCUCUGUUCGAUGUAGUGGGGAUGACAGCAAAACUCAAGGCAGCAGUGACAGAGCGGGAUGAGCUCAGAGAGAAAUUCCAAGAGGAGGAGGGUGCCAGGAAACUGCUCGAAGGUCAUAUGCAGAAGAUAACUCAAGAAGUGACUGAGUUGAAGAACAGUUUUGAAACUGCUGAAAAGGAGAAGAUUGAAGCCCUUACAAAACUGCAAGUGCUCUCAAACUACUUCAAGGAGAAAGAGUCUCAGUUACAAAAGGAACUGGGAUUGCAAGAGUCUAUGUGGCUCCAGAAGCAAAGUGAUGACCACACCAUCUAUGAACAAAUGCGAUCUUUACGAGAGGAGAACGAGAAGUACAAGCUACAGAAUGAGUCCUUAAAGAAAGAAAUCGUAGAACAAGAGUCUUCCUUCAAGAUCCAGUUGGCAAAUGUGGAACAGAAGUCACAUGAAAAUUGGGUGGCUUCCCGACAGGCGGAGAGGAGGCUGAAGGAAGUGCAGCAGGAGGCUGCUCAGCUGCGUAACCGCCUCACCACUAACUCUGCUACCUACAGCCUCGACGAAAGCAAGCAGAACAUAAGUGAGAGCAACGGUGAUCCGUCUAGUCCUCCCCCGUCCUUGAUAUAUCCCCCUACAGCUUCUCCCCCUUUUAUGAUGUAUCCGAUGCCACCUCAUGGAGACUUUGUCCCUCCUCCCCCUCUCAUGGGUUCUCCUUAUCCUUCUGAUUCUAGACCCCCACCUCUGGGGAGGAUAUCGUCGCCUCCGUUAGACCAUCGGUUCUCUCCACCUCCUCCCCUUCCCUACCCUCCCUACGACUAUCCCCCCUAUGGCCAUCAUUCACCUUCACCACCUCCGCCUCUGCCAUCCCACUCCCAUCAUCGAACUGUCCAUAAGCCCCAGCCAAGGGACAUGUCCAGAGAACAAAAAGAUCACGUGAUGUCCAACUAUUCGCCAGAGAGCGAAAAAACAAUACGCAGAAACAAGAGAUAGUGUUUAAAUGUAGUUAUAGGGAUGUACUUAUAGUCAAUACUGUAUAUUAUGCUAUCAGCUGCAGGCUGAAAGUGGACCGAAUCGGGGCCAAACAUACUUUGAAUGGUUUUAAUUCACCAGAAAGCUGUAGAAUAAGAAAUGUAAUAAGAUUCUUUUGGCAUUAGGAGAGAGUUCCUACAGAAACGGAAAAUGUACAUAAAUUGUUUUAUUUAUUUGUUAUAUAUAUAUAUAUAUUAGUCCCUGUCUAAUAACAUUGUGGAUGGAAUCACAAUAGUUGAUACUUUAUUAUCUUUUUUUUUACGAUUUUGCACUUUUUCUCUUGAAAUGCCCAAUUUCCCAUACCCAAGCAUUUAUUAAAGUAAAAUACAAUAAAUUGUGAAUACUUGCAUUAAAGUUUGUAAAGAAACACUCACAAAAUCAUCAUAAAAGGCAAGGGCACAGUUUAGUCGUAGCAUCAUAUGUUUUGUUUGGUUUUAAAUAUGUGGAGCAUGUAUCUUGUAUUGCACGUGAUAAAGAAAACACAAUCCAAAAACUUUAAUACUGCUUAAAUUGCAAAUAUAUACAUUUUAUAUUUUUGGUUUGUUGAACUGUUUUCUUGGCUCCUAAUUGUUUAGUUUUUGCCAGAUAAGACUGUAAGAAUCCAUUUUGAUACUUUUAUCUGUUGUUUAUAGUUAGUAAGUUAAGUGUCUUGCUAGUCACUUUGUGUCCUUGUCUUGCCAUUGCAGAGAUGGAAUGUGUAACAGGGUUUGUUUUUAUGUUCCCGGCCCUGUUUCUGUGUGGAUUACUUAUAUAAAUGCCUUAUUGAAAUAUUCAAUGUGUUGUUGAUUAAACUUGUGUUAAUAUUUUA